CAUUUCUUUAUGGGAUCCUCGUUCUUGUAUGCAAAGAUUCAAUCUUUGUUCAUUCUGUGAACUGAUUUUUUUUUUUUUUCAUUUUAUUAUAUAUUCAAUAUAAACAUUUUUUAAGUUAAUGGGCUUUACAGUUCAUAUCUUGUCACCAAAACGCGUUGCGUUUCCGUGUUGAUAUCUUCCUCUUCUUCUUUCUUUUGUUUGGCUGCAACGUGAAUACUGCUGCUUUUGUUGUUGUUAGCAGAUCUGCAUUUUGGCUUUGGUCCAAAGGCCACUUUGACAUUCUCGUUGGUAAUGCCUUUGGAAGUUUGUUCUUUGUUUGCUUGUUGAGAAAAAUGAGGCAAAAAGUUUUGAGACUUUAUAAAUCUUUUGUUUCAAGUUGGCAUCUUUAGUUGUUAUUUAUGGUAUAGUUUUAAGUUUUUUGUUUGACUGAUUUUAAUUUAAUAAAUAUAUUAGAGCAAUGUGGUGGUUUUAGGUUCACUGAUUUAUUGUUCUGAGUGAAGUUUUUGUGAAUUUUCUUUGUUUUGAAGGUAUGAUUUGUUUUGUUAUCUGGGUAAGCUUAUAUUUGUUUCUGGUUUUGUGGCUGAUGAUGCCGAUCAAGUGGGGAACUUAAUUAGUGUUGAAUUUCAAGAAGUGAUUUUGUUAUAGUUUGAAGUUUUGGGUCAAGAUAGUGAAUUUUUUAGUAGAAAGAAUUUGGAUUUUGAUUGAGUAGGAGUGAGUUUGAUCUCAAGUUGUUGAGACAUAAUACGCUUGUGAGGGUAAGGGUUUGGUGAAUUUGAGGUAUUGUGCUGCAGCCAAAGACAUUGAAGUGGUAAAUAUGGCAUCUAGAGAAGGGAAGCGUCAUCAUCAUCAUCAUCAUCAUCAUGAUCUUGUGCCUCUUGCUGCUUUGAUCAGCAGAGAGAUGAUGAGUGAGAAGAUGGAGAAGCCGACUAUUAGAUAUGGGCAUGCGGCUCAAUCUAGGAAAGGAGAGGAUUAUUUCUUGAUUAAGACAGAUUGUCAAAGAGUACCUGGGAAUUCGUCAUCUACUUUCUCUGUCUUUGCGAUCUUUGAUGGGCACAAUGGGAAUGCUGCAGCAAUUUAUACAAGAGAACAUUUGUUGAAUCAUGUGUUGGGCGCUAUUCCUCAUGGGCUUGGGUGGGAUGAGUGGCUUCAGGCUUUACCUCGGGCUUUAGUUGCGGGAUUUGUGAAGGCAGACAAGGAAUUUCAGAGCAGAGGAGAAACGUCUGGAACCACAGCAACAUUUGUCAUAGUUGACAGAUGGACUGUGACGGUUGCAUCUGUAGGAGACUCUCGUUGCAUAUUAGAUGCCCAAGGUGGUGUCAUUACCACCUUAACGGUUGACCAUAGACUCGAAGAGAAUGUGGAAGAGAGAGAACGCGUAACUGCAAGCGGGGGUGAAGUUGGGAGGCUUAGCAUUGUUGGUGGUGCUGAGAUUGGUCCACUACGUUGUUGGCCUGGUGGUUUAUGCCUUUCGAGGUCAAUUGGAGAUAUGGAUGUUGGAGAGUUUAUAGUACCGAUACCAUAUGUCAAACAAGUGAAGCUAUCUAAUGCGGGGGGGAGGCUCAUUAUUGCUUCUGAUGGAAUCUGGGAUGCCCUAUCCUCAGAAAUGGCUGCACAAUCUUGCCACGGAUUGCCAGCUGAACUUGCUGCUAGACAAGUUGUGAAGGAAGCCUUACGGACAAGGGGCCUAAAAGAUGACACGACUUGCAUAGUUGUUGACAUAAUUCCUCCAGACAAUUCAGUACCGCCUUUGACUCCACCCAAAAAGCAGAACAAGUUUAGGGCACUUCUUUUUAGAAAGAAGUCCAAUGAUUCUGCAAAUAAACUCUCUAAGAAACUUUCAGCUGUAGGAAUAGUUGAAGAACUGUUUGAAGAAGGGUCAGCAAUGCUAGAUGAAAGACUGGGAAACGAUGAACCUACCACACAAUCAACGUCCGGUCUUUUCAUGUGUGCCGUAUGCCAAGUUGACCUUGCACCAAGUGAAGGCAUCUCAGUUCAUGCUGGUUCCAUUUUCUCUACCAGCUCAAAACCCUGGCAAGGACCUUUUCUUUGUGCUGAUUGUCGUAAUAAGAAGGAUGCCAUGGAAGGAAAACGUCCUAGCGGAAUUAAAGUGUCAUAAUUUCCUUUUUUAUUUUAUUUUUUUAACUCCCUUAUUCUUUCUCCCUGCAUUCUAAUUUUUUGUACCCAAAUCCCUCUAGGAUAGCCAAUUUAUUGAACCUUACUACAUCAGUUGUAUAUGUAAUAUACAAAAUAAUGUAAAAUAAGUUUUACUGGUUAAAGAGAGUUAAUUGAGGAUAACACUAAUUGAAUUUUCGGAUUUCUCAAGGGAAAUGAGUUCGUUGUGCGCUUUUGAUAUUCACUGUUUGUAAAUGCAGUAUUACUUUAUAUUAAUUUCAUUUCUAACUAA